UGUGACAAAAAUAGUAUGGCCUCCGUUGAAGAUGAAUGGCGAUUUCGUCUAACUUUAAUCCGCCACGGAGAAACCGAUCAGAAUCGCAACAAGAUUAUCCAAGGUCAAGACAAUACUAUUUUGAAUGAAACAGGGAGCGAGCAGGUUGAACUGGUUGCAACCAGAUUAAAAUAUGAACACUUGACAAGAAUUUAUAGCAGUGAUUUAGAACGAGCAUUAAAGACAGCAGAAGGAAUAUGUUUAAAAAAUGUACAUUUGAAAGACUUGAAGAUUUGUAUGGAAAAAACAUUACGAGAAAGGAAUUAUGGUGAGGCAGAGGGUAAAUCACGUCAGGAGUUAAAAAAAAUGUUGGGAGCAAACAAACUACCACGGGGUGCUGAGACUGAGGCACAAGUCCAAAAACGAGCUGUGGAUUUCUUUGCAGGAUUAUUAAAGGAUGUCAAGCAUUUGCGAAAAACUUUGACACAGCAAUCAAAUGUUGACUGUAGUAAAAGUGAUGACUUGAGCUUAGAGAAUUCCCAGCACUCAAUGGGUGAGUCAAGUGUGAAUGAACUACGGACAGGUAGUGAUCCCAGCUCUGAGAAAUCUCAUCAGUUUCCUCAAGAUAACAAUGAAUCAACUGAAGGUAUUAAACCUAGAACAACAUCUCUUCCUACUUCACAUAGAAGCAAACAAUUACAUUCUCCAGUUUUGCUAAAAGAUCUUUGUUGCAAUGAUUCCGCAGAGUGUGACCACACAGACAAACCAAUUCAUAUUGUUGUUGUAUCACAUGGUGGGAUUCUCCGUCAUUUUAUGUCAUAUUUCUCCAAAAACUUUUCAAGUCAAUUCCCAGUUGAUAAAAAAAAGCUUUUGCGGCAGAUUUGCCCAAAUACAGGGGUGUCGGAAUUUGUCAUACUGCUGGAGGGUGACAAGGUGACAAACAUUGAAUGUUUGCAGUUGUACAAUAAAUCUCAUUUGACUUAAGAAAAAAAGUCAUGUGUUGGUCAUUCAUCAGACAAAUCAUCUAAUUAUGACAUAACCGGACAGAUCCUUACAAAUGGCAUUUUAAAAAUUUGAGCACUCAUCUUUUAAAUUUAUAGGCACAAUUAUUGGAGAAUAGUUAAAUUCAUGGGGAAAUUUUUAUGUAGUGUAGCAGCACUGUAAAUUAUAGCACAGUAUAUGUCUUUAUUGUAUUUAGUAUUGAAUGCACUAUUGCAUAUUUAUACUAUUAUAAUAUUUCAAAUAUUUGUAAACAACUUGUACACUAGAUUGCAUAUAUAAAUAGGUUUAUUAUAUUAGCUCUUUAAAU